UCCUCUGGCAACAUCCCUCUCUAACUCCUCCUCAUGAUAUCGACUUCCUCGCACCCUCAUUCUCGGCCGUGUUUUGAGCAGCAUGUGGUCAGUGCUGAUUGACAGCCAUGUGAUGCGUGAAACACAUGUUUUCUGGGCUCAAAGCUAUUUGUGUUUACUCAUUCCUGCCGUGCCGAAAAGUAACAUACGGCAGCGUUGAAAAGUACUCCAUGUUCAGGCAAUCGAUCAGGCUGACUAGGAGUAACGAGAAGCGCAGAAAUGCGAGUAAAUGUAACAGAAUUGCAGCUCUGAGUGGAAGAUCACUGCACGGCCAAAAGUCCAAAAACAGCCACCGCAGUAGUGCCAAGAUCCAACACCAGAUGCUGCAUUGGAGACACCCAUUGGCUUACAGCAGAAAACUAUCAUACAGAUCAGAUACCAGGAGUGAUUCAAAUAAUUAUAGAAACUAAUAACUCAUACAUUAUUACAUAAUUAAUCAAUUAUUAAGUAGAGAACGAUAUUUGAAAAAAAAAGUUAAUAGGUUUUGGACAUUUACAUAAGAUAAGAUACAGCUUGAGAUGGAAUCUCACCACUAACCACUACUCCUUCAUAUAUCUUUUACCUACCACUACAGAAACAACUUGGCUUUAGUCAGUUAUGGUCUGGAGAUCAAGUAGUCAAGAUCUUCUCAGGUGUCAGUUUCAGAUUUAUGCCUUAGUUCAGCCUUUUAUUGAGAUUUGAUAUUCCAGAAGUUAUUUGUCACUUCUUCCAAGUCCCCAAAAUACAUUGCUUGGUCUCUGGUGAGGGGGGGGUUAGUCUCAGUUUUGGUUGUGACAACCUGUCAUGUCAUCGUGCAUGCUGCUCCUGUUGCUGUUACUCUCUCUGGCUGGCUGCGGUCGUCAGUGACUCCCCCCACCAGACAUGUGAAUAUUCACUCUGAAUGGACCCUAACAGUUAUCUGCCAGUCUGUUGGACUGGGACUCUACAGGAUCCUUAGAGACGGCACCAUCCUGACCUAAUGCAUGGACGGAAAACUUUGAGCAAACACAGUCCAGACUGAGAAAUAAUUUCACGAUGUAUUUGGAAAACUCAGAGCAGGUUAAGGUCUCUGGAGAAGGGGAGUCAUCGGCCGAUGCCAUGCUUGCAGAACAAUGCCAGGUUACCAAGUUAACCGAAGCUGCAGAUAUAACAGACCUUUCACAGGGAAGUGCUGAACUUGGCACUUGUCCACUUCUCCUUAUGGAAUACAUGGAGCAAACUGUCAGCAGAGAGAUGGACUCUUCUCUCCUCUGCGUGCAACACUGCAGGAUGAGUGGAAAUGAGGCUGAGUACAGCACAUAUUGCAACGGACAUGCUGAGAUCCUGGAGCAAUAUUCGGCGAGCGACAGAUUAUUUGUGUCCGACCAGACCCUCGAUAAGUGUGAGACUUCGGGGUUAAGCCAACCAUUUAAUGAAUGUGCUCAACCCUGCGAGUGUUUUAAACCUUGGAAGUCCUCUGAGCACAGUGCUAAUCUUAGCGUAGCCUGCAACAAGUAUUGUCCUUGCUGUGAACACUGCGCAGAACACCUUGGACUAUUUCAACAAUGUGAGCCCUCUGGUCAACAGUUUGAUUCUCUUGACUUUGAACAAGAUGAAUUGGCAAUAAAAUGUGACAGUGUGGGGCUGUGUGAAAUGUCUGAUUUCACACCGGAGAGCACAGACCACAUCGAGCUACUCCAACAAUAUGAGCCUACUGGUCAGCAGUGCGAGUGCUUUGACUCCGAACCAGACACAUCCACAGAGGACUCUGAACAAUGUGAAAUAAGUGGUUCCACACCUAAUAUCACUGAUUCAGUCGACUCGUUGGACUGUGACGCUGAACUUUGUGAGUAUGACGAAACUCCGAACCAGAUUGAGUGCACAAACAGUGAUGAUGAUGAUGAUGAUGAUGAAGAGAGCUAUCCAUGCGAACAAAAUAAAAUGGAGGCCAGACCAUUAGAAGAUGUAAAUUCCUCCGAUUUCAACACACCUCAUCACAUUUUUUUUGAUGACGGUGAACAUGUUCGUUUUGCAGACGCUCCUACAUCAGACAUGUCAACAGAUCACUGUGGGAAGUGCGGAAAUAAUAACUCUGAAGCAAGUGAAGAGUAUGAAACAACCAGACAAACUUCUGACAAAACCUCUGACAGCUCAGAGUUUUGCACCGAAGAAGACAGUUUCUCCGAUUGCUCCUCUACUGAAACCAAAUCCUUCAAGACGUGUCCCGAUGGCAGUAUUCCGUCAGAUCCGUUCUCUGAUUCGUCCGGUGAAUCGGAAAAGGGAGCUCAGGAAGAUUCUAGUGACGAGCAGACACAGUGGGAAUCUUUUGAAGAUGACCAAGAAAUGGAACAAAACUAUGCUAACGGAAACAAUGACAAUCAAAAGAAAACACCCACUGUUGAUAUUGUCGUUGAGGAUUACUUUGAUUUAUUUGACAGAGCGGACUGUUAUGGACACGCAUUUGCUCCAAAGCGACAUUACAUAUCCUGCUUUGAUGGCGGAGAUGUACAUGAACGCCUGAAUAUAGAACAGGCGGCAACAUGUGGUGCCAAAGAUGCAUAUACAUUUAAGGAGGCCGAUAAGGAAAUUGAUGCACAGGAAGCUGAUAUAAGUUCUGAAGAAGUAUGUGAAGAGGUGGCCGAUGCAAGUCCCACACAAUCCCACGAUUGUGAGUCGGAGGUGAAACUCGAAGACUGGAUCACAGAUUCAGAAUCGAGUUCAGCAGAAGAUGAAGUUGAAGAAAAAGGUGAAGUCGAUGAUCUUUACGCAGAGAAUUACGAGGAAGCAGAAGAAGACGAAGACUCCUUUGAUGGAGAAACGUGUGAAUCUGAGGGCCAUGUUUCUGAAGAAGAAGCGGAGGUCUGUCUGUCUCCUGGUAAUGAGGAGGUCAUGUGUGCACCAUGUGCUGAUGACAUCUCUGUUGAAGGCGAUGCUUAUGAAGAUGAGGUCUAUGAUGCCCAGAAUUAUGAAUCUCUCGAUGGCGGUGCUUCCACUUUUGAUCACGUUAUUAUUUGCAGGAAGCAUGACGAGCCCAAGCCUGAAGAUGAAGAAUUUAUUGAAUCUUCCGAAAUGGAGCCAUAUUGUUCGCUUUUACAUAUUGCAGCUAAUGUAGAGAUGUGUGAGCCAGGUGUUGAGGAUUACUAUGCGUACCAAAUGAAAAGUGUUCGGUUGUCUGUUAAACAAGGCCUGAAUGGACUUAUAAUGGAGAGACUAUCAUGCAAUGAGAUAAUCGAUGUAAGAGCUGAUGGUGGAGCUCCUGGGAACAAAAGGGGAGAUGAUGUUUUAUCCAGUAACGGGACUGAGUUUCAGGCCCCUGGAGUUUGCCCAGCCGAGUGUGAAACAGUCAGAUUCGGAAUUACUGAAGAUCUUGAACUUAGCAAGAACUUAGCCAGCUGCUCUGCUGUGGAAGAAACGUACGACGAACCAACCCCAGGAUCGGACGGCGACUGCGGGUUGAACGUCAUCUCAGGAAUAAGACGUCCUCAAGAUAUUAUUCACAGUGUCGUCUCUGAACAUGCCAAAAUCGAGGGAUGCGACGCACAGACUGAGGAAAAAGACCACGAGCAAAGCAGGGAUUCGGACGAAGAGCCGAGUGACGACGAAUCCUCUGAGCCUUGUGACUGCGAGUACUGCAUUCCACCCAUAGAGCAGGUUCCGGCUAUACCACUGCUCCCACGGAUGAAAUCAAACGACGCAGGGAAGAUCUGUGUGGUCAUUGAUUUGGAUGAAACACUAGUGCAUAGUUCAUUUAAGCCAGUGAACAAUGCUGAUUUUAUCAUUCCAGUGGAAAUCGAUGGAACAGUUCACCAGGUGUAUGUGUUGAAGAGACCCCAUGUCGACGAAUUCCUCAAGAGGAUGGGCGAAUUAUUUGAGUGUGUCUUGUUCACCGCGAGCCUAGCCAAGUAUGCAGAUCCUGUGUCUGACCUGUUGGACAAAUGGGGGGCCUUCCGCAGCCGACUCUUCCGGGAAGCCUGUGUCUUCCACAAAGGGAACUAUGUAAAAGACCUGAGCCGUUUAGGACGAGACCUGAACAAGGUCAUCAUCAUUGACAACUCGCCGGCCUCCUACAUCUUCCAUCCUGAAAAUGCUGUUCCUGUAGCGUCCUGGUUUGAUGACAUGUCAGACACCGAACUCCUCGAUCUCAUCCCUUUCUUCGAGGGACUUAGCAAAGUGGAUGACAUCCAUGAGAUACUCCAGCAGCAGACAACUUCGAGUUAACAGAGGCAGGGCACUAGGAUGAAAACACUCACCAGUGGAUGUCGUCACGGGGCCACGGAGGCUGGUGGGCCGCAGGCCCCCACACUGCUUCCCACUACAAGGACCAUAGUGCAAAAAAGUACCUGUCAUUUAAUCUCAUAUUCUUAUUGUAUAGUGCAUAAAAGAUUGACGUCUAGCUGGGUUUGGCGCUUCAUGAUUGACAGUUUAUCUAAUCCCAGUGAUUUUCUUUUCAGUUUUGUAAUUGUAGAUAAAAACUUAAUAUAAGAUUGAAUGACCUCUGCAGAUAUCUUUUGCAGUGCAGCUAGAGCAAUGUCAUUGUUGUCGUUGUGUGACAGCAGUGACCUGUGUUCACCGAUCAGCCGCGACAUUAAACCAGUCACCUGUUUAAUGUUGUGGCUGAAUGGUGUAUGAAGUGUAAAUGUUGUGGCUGAUCAGUGAUCACUGUUAGUCUGCCAUUCAGUGCCACUCAAACCACAUCAGUCAUUUUCAUGUCAGUACAAUGUAGCACUAGUAGAGAGUAUAACAGGUCAUUGACGAUGGUCCCUUGAAUCUCAUUAAGCUACAUUUUUUUGUUAAUCUGUAUGUUCGAAAAGUCAAUUAUUUGGAGAACGGUUGAAUACGUUUAUAAAAUACUUAGUGACGCAUUUUGCGACAAAAUGCACAUUUGACAUGCUUUAAACUCACUUACUAUAUGUCUGGAAUUUGGUUCCAAUAUUUUAGAUUGAAAAUAGAUGGAAAAGAACCCAGAGCAAUAAUCACGAGAACCCAUAUCCUGCAGUCCCCUGCCACUUGAUUGUAGUCUUUACUCACUGCAGUACAGAAGAUUGAUAAGGUUCAAUUCUAAUAACACUAAAAAUAAAAAUAAACAAUUUACUACACAUUCAUGAUUAGAAUGUGUAGUAAAAAUGUGACGUAAACACCAUAAUCUUCAACACAAUAAAAGACAAACUAUGAACAUCAGACUUUACUGGACAGUGAAUGUUUAGCACCAGGUAAACAGACUGCACAGUGAUCACGCCGUUUAUACACAGAGAUGCACCACCGCACACAUGGUGUGUCAUGUUUAUCUAAUGUUAUUUUAUCUUUUUCGAGUGUUUUAGCUGAAUUGGCCACUCCUGCGUGCUGCCCUUAGAUAAUGCAAUGCUGUUCAUGUGUGCAGGGGGGAGGCUGUGGCCUGUUGAGGGCGUCUCGGAUGAGUUUGACGUUUGAUUUCAAAGCACACUUUGAUGCCUCCUGUCAGGAAACUUGAAUUCAGCAUUGUCGGUGUCUUGCCGUUUCGAUCUGUAUAAACAGUUUCAUAGGGGAAACUUGUGCUGUACAUUUUGGAGCCCUGAUUUAAUUUACCUCAGGCUGGAGCGAGUGUGUGUGUGUGUGUGUGCGCGCCUGUGUGGUUUUCAAUGUGACUGCAUCAUGAGUAGUUUGAGAUUUAAAAGAGGAGGCUUUGACAAGACAUAAAAAAUAACCUUAUUUUUGAAAUAAUGAUUUACUUUUUUUACUGUAUGCAACCAGAUUAUUAACGUUGUGACUCAAGUUAUGGGGGAAAAAAUGGUUAAGUAAGUUUUUAAAUUGCUGCUGACAAAUGGUAAAGAUUGAAAAACAAAAGACAAAUAUUUCUACCUUGCAUCAAUAAAGCAUGUUUUAUUGAAA